UUCCGCUCCUCGUUCUACUGUUUUUAUAGUCUUUUCUAGUAUUUUAUUAACACAGAUUUUACAUUUUAAUCGCGAUUCUCAACUAAGUAUAUGUCUUCUUCCACCUCUAACCUCAUCAUCUGCAGUCAGUGCCUCAACUCCAGGUUCAGGACCAGGCCCAGCUGGCUGACCCCUGGGUACAGCACCAGGCCCAGCUGGCUGACCCCUGGCUACAGCACCAGGCCCAGGACCACUGCCAGAUCCAGGCACAACACACCCAACCUCUGACCCACAGUCACAGCACUUCCUGCACCCUCAUCUCCUCCAAGACAGGUCUGACAGAAGGUGUCAAGGACCACUACGAGGAGGAGGCAGAAGCUAGUACGUACGAGGCAGGAAGGACAGACGAGUCGUUUCUCAUUCAUAAACCUGCCACCCGAGCUAAAUUAGAGGCACGCGUAGAUUCGCUUCAGGGGACCAACCCUGGGCAGCCGUCCGGUCUGCUGUUCAGAGAUGGGAAGAAGCGUAUCGAUUACAUCCUGGUCUAUAAGAAGUCCAGUCCUCUGGUGGAAAAGAGAGUCACCUUUGAGAGGAACCUGAGAGCUGAGGGGCUGAUGCUGGAGAAAGAGCCGUCUCUGACCAACACCGACAUCAUGUUUGUGAAGAUCCAUGCUCCGUGGGACACUCUCUGUAAAUACGCUGAGCAGAUGAAUAUCAGAAUGCCAUUCAGAAAAAAAAGUUACUUUACAGAUUGGAAGAGCAAAGCUAUGGGCAGCCGGUUUCAUCUGAGGUGUCGUCAGAUAAAGAGUUGGUUACCCAGGAACCCCAUGAAGCUGGACAAAGAGGCCUUACCUGACCUAGAGGAGGCAGACUGCUAUACAGCCCCUUUCAGCAGGGCACGCAUGCACCAUUUUACCAUCAACAACAGACAUACGUUCUUCUCCAACUCUACCAGAAGCAGAAUAGUCCACCAUGUUCUCCAACGCACCAAGUAUGAGGACGGGAAGUCUAAGAUGGGUAUCAAUAGGUUACUGGGAAAUGGGACAUAUGAGGCUGCAUUUCCUCCGCACGAGGGUGGAUACAAGAGCAGACACCCUAUUAAGACUCACGGUGCCCAGAACCACAGACACCUGCUGUACGAGAGGUGGGCUCGCUGGGGCAUGUGGUACAAGUACCAGCCUCUCGACCUCAUCAGGCGUUACUUUGGGGAGAAGAUUGGGCUGUACUUUGCCUGGCUGGGUUGGUACACUGGCAUGCUGAUCCCGGCAGCUCUUGUGGGUCUCCUCGUUUUCCUCUACGGAUUUCUUACCAUGGACACCAGCCAAGUCAGUAAAGAGAUCUGUGAGGCCAACACUACUAUCAUGUGUCCUAUGUGUGAGGAGAACUGCAACACCUGGAAACUCAGUGACAGCUGUGUCUAUGCAAAGGUGACCCAUCUCUUCGACAAUGGAGGAACUGUGUUCUUUGCUAUCUUUAUGGCAAUAUGGGCCACGGUGUUCCUGGAGUUCUGGAAGAGGAGGAGGGCGGAGCUGACUUAUGACUGGGACCUCAUCGACUGGGAGGAGGAAGAGGAGAAUCUGCGGCCCCAGUUCGAAGCCAAGUACUCCCGAGUAGAGAGAGUAAACCCUAUCUCUGGCAAGCCAGAGCCUUUCCAGCCCUUCACUGACAAACUCAGCAGACUCAUGGUCUCUGUGUCUGGCAUCUUCUUCAUGAUGUCUCUGGUGCUGACUGCAGUGUUUGCUGUGGUGGUGUUCCGACUGAUUGCCAUGGAGAAGUUUGCAUCGUUCGACUGGGAGUUUGUCAAGAAGAACUGGCAGUUUGCCACCUCUGGCACCGGAGUCUGUAUCAACUUCAUGAUCAUCAUGUCUCUCAAUGUGGUAUAUGAAAAGGUGGCCUAUCUGCUCACAAAUUUAGAACACCCACGGACUGAGUCAGAGUGGGAGAACAGUUUUGCUCUCAAGAUGUUUCUCUUCCAGUUUGUUAACUUGAACAGCUCUACCUUCUACAUUGCAUUCUUCCUUGGAAGGUUCGCCGGCAGACCAGGGAAAUAUAAUAAACUGUUUAACAGAUGGAGACUGGAGGAGUGCCACCCCAGUGGCUGUCUGAUCGAUCUGUGUCUACAAAUGGGAGUCAUCAUGGUACUGAAACAGAUCUGGAACAACUUCAUGGAGCUGGGUUAUCCUCUGCUGCAGAACUGGUGGUCUCGGAGGAAGAUCAAGCAGACAGAGAGGGAAGAGAGAACACGAGGGGGUCAGAAUGUGGAGAUCAAAGUACAGCUUCCUCAGUGGGACAUAGACUGGAACCUGCAGCCCAUGAACGCCCACGGACUGGUGGAUGAGUACCUGGAGAUGGUUCUCCAGUUUGGUUUCACCACGAUCUUUGUGGCUGCAUUCCCAUUGGCUCCUCUACUGGCUCUGCUCAACAACAUCAUCGAGAUACGACUGGACGCCUACAAGUUUGUCACCCAGUGGAGGAGACCCAUGCCUGCCAGAGCCACAGACAUUGGUAUCUGGUACGGUAUCCUGGAGGGGAUCGGCGUGCUGGCUGUCAUCACCAACGCCUUCGUCAUCGCCAUCACCUCCGACUACAUCCCCCGCUUCGUCUACGCGUUCAGAUACGGACCCUGUGUGGACAAGGAGUACCACCACGAGAAGUGUCUGCGAGGCUACAUGAACAGCAGUCUGUCGGUGUUCGACAUGGGCGAACGCUUGAACGUGAGUGAGGAGAGUAGAUACUGCAGGUACAGAGACUACAGAGCCUCUCCCUGGAGCCCAGUACCAUACGACUUCACUCUGCAGUUCUGGCACGUCCUGGCUGCAAGACUAGCCUUCAUCAUCGUCUUCGAGCACCUGGUGUUUGGCAUCAAGUCGUUCAUCGCAUACCUGAUCCCAGACAUGCCCAAGAGUCUGUGUGACCGCAUGCGAAGGGAGAAGUACCUGAUGCAGGAGAUGAUGUAUGAAGCAGAGCUGGAGCACCUGCAGAAGGAGAGGAAGAAGAACGGCAGGAGAUAUCACCACGAGUGGCCUUAGUGUCAGUCAUGUUACGUCCCCCUGUACUACAUACAGUACCUCGUCUGCACAGCUAAAUCAUA